AGGGCAAUUAGCUCCUUCCAAAACCAAAAGAGAAACUGAUUAGGGAAAGGCAACGAAUGGAUGUUAAACUGAUGAAUCCCGUCGUGUCCUCCUAUACGUCUCUAAAAUGGGCUUCGGCUUUUUCUCAGCAACCAAACACCAGAUCAACGCUUCCAUCUUCCAAGUUCUUCAUGUCCUCCACAUUUCACAACAAAAGCAUGCAGCUUCAGGAGGAAGAAAUUUUGAAGAAGAGUAGUUUAUUAGGGAGUAAUAGUAAAGCAGCAGGUGGUUCAAAGAGAAAUGUCGUGGGAGUAGCAGUGCCGCCGGCACACGAUGAAAAAAAGUUCGAAGAAAUAUUCAAAUCGAUGGAGAAAUGGGCGGCGGACAACAUUGUGCCUCUCUUGAAACCUGCCAAGGAUUGUUGGCAGCCUCAAGAAUUCCUGCCGGACCCAUCAUCAGAUGGCUUCCAUGACCAACUUCAUCUUCUUCAAGCCAGAGCCGAGCACGUCCCCGACGACUACUUCGUGGUCCUGGUGGGGAAUAUGAUCACUGAAGAAGCCCUUCCCACUUACCACUCCCGUAUCAACGCAACCCACAUCUUCCACGACCGCACCGGGUUCGAUGACACUCCUUGGGCCGUUUGGGCCAGAGGAUGGAGCGCCGAAGAAAACAGGCACGGAGAUCUUCUCAACAAGUACCUCUACCUCUCUGCUCGUGUUGACAUGAAGAAAGUCGAGACCACCAUUCACUAUCUCAUUGGCGCAGGAGUGGACAUUGGGACCUCAAAUAAUCCAUACAUGUGGACCAUCUACACAUCCUUCCAGGAAAGAGCAACGGCCAUCUCCCAUGGCAACACAGCCAAGCUGGCCUUGCAGCACGGCGACGUCAAGCUUGCACAGAUAUGCGGCAUCAUUGCUUCCGAUGAGAAGCGCCAUGAAACUGCUUAUACCAAAAUCGCUGGGAAGCUCUUCGAGCUGGAUCCAAACGGAAUGCUCGUGGCUUUUGCAUACAUGAUGAGAAGGAAAAUCUCUAUGCCUGCUCACUUCAUGUAUGACGGCCACGAUGUUGAUCUCUUUCAACACUUUUCCCAUGUUGCGUCGCGUAUUGGAGUGUACACUGCGUGCGAUUACAGAGGAGUUUUCGAGCAUCUGCUGCGUAGAUGGAACGUGGAGAAGCUCACUGGGCUUUCUGGUGAAGGCAGAGAAGCACAGGAGUAUCUGUGUGGUUUACCUCACAGGAUUAGAAAGCUGGAAGAGAGAUCUUUAUCCAAGCCUAAACAAGCUCCCACCGUCUCUUUCAGCUGGAUUUUCGAUAGACUAGUUUAAUUAAAAUUAGGCCCCACCAGCUCCGUCAAAUAUUAUUAAUAAAAACUUAUCAAUGCAUACAAUAUUAAUUAAUGUGUCUGUUGUGUAUGUUUGAGAGACAACUGAGGACUCCAUCAGUUCGUACUCGUAAUUUGUGUUUUGUGCUACUACUGGAUACUAAUCCAUAUAUAUAAGUUUUAUUUUUGUUUUUC